GCUGCGGUCAGACUGGAGGCUGGGGCCAAUCAGAACCGAUCGAUGCUGCUCUCCUCUGUUAACACGUGGAGGAUUAAUCAAGCUGCGCGUGCACUUGACUUAGGAAACCCGGGGGUCUUAUUGGCUCGCCUCGCUCUGUAGCACAGUACCGCAGGAGGAGCGCGUGAAUGAGCGCGUUCCGGUGAACUUCCAGGCGCUGUCCGUGGUGCUGGAUCGCCUCACAUUUGGACCCUCCAUCUUUCUUCUUCUUUUUUAUUUAUUUAUUUUUUUUAUUUCACACCUGCAGCCCACUGAUGAUCGACCAGGAUGAUGGCGCUGCACGGAUUGGACCUGACAUCCGACACUUCUUUCGCGUGAAAUCCCGGAUGAAGGACCUGUGGGAUUAAAGGCUGAAAAUGUUUCGGUUUGUUCAGUUCGGUCACAGCUUCUGUCUCCACUGACCACCGAGAAGCAGAGCGUUCAUUCACUCCACGGAGGAAUUCUGCAGCUUAGACAGAAAAAUGACCUAUUUUGAUUUAUUUACGCCUCGACAGUAGGACGUUUGCCUUUUUUUUUUUUUUAACAAUCUGAAAAGAGCAAGCUCAUCCUCCGAGGCAUGGCUCGUCUGCUGGUUUGGGUCAACUCCGUGGUCCUGUUGCUUUUUGGCAGCGACGUGUUUUUGGUUGGAGCGAACCGGCCACCAGCUCCUGUAAACGUGUCCGUCAUGCAUCUGCGAGCCGACUCAGCAACUGUGUCCUGGGAGGUUCCGGAGGGGGACAUCAUAAUUGGCUUCUCCAUCUCACAACAGAGGCAGGAUGGACACAUGCAGCGAUUCAUUCGGGAGGUCAACACCACCAGCCGUUCCUGUGUCCUUUGGGACCUGGAGGAAGAGACGGACUACAUCAUCCAGGUCCAGUCCAUUGGCCUGUAUGGGGAGAGCCAGGCCAGCAAGAAAGUCCACUUUCGAACCUUAAAGAAAACAGACCGGUUCUCCUCCAACAGCUCCAACCAAGAUGACCCCACUGUGCAGGGCCUGGAUAAGUCCAGGCAUCUACAAACAGGAGAGAUGAUCAUAAUCGUGGUGGUCUUGGUCAUGUGGGCAGCCGUUAUUGCCCUGUUCUGUCGACAGUAUGACAUCAUAAAGGACAACGACUCCAGCAACAAUAAGGAGAAGGUCAAGCCGCUGUCUGAGAGGAGCACGCCAGAGCACCACAGUGGAGGACUUCUACGGAGCAAGUUUCAUCCCUCUGUACCGUCCAUAAACAUCAUCGAAGUUUGAGAAGAGGCUGAACUGAAACUCCUUUGUCACCAAAAGUUUUUUUAACUCCUAUUGCUGAUGAGUAAACCACAAAGAGACAUAUAGAGAAAAUGGAAGUUUUGUGUGUUGCAUCAUCAACAAAGACGUGUUGGCAGAAAGUGCACAUGCAUAAGUGUUUAUAACGGGAAAACACACCAUCCUAAGCAUCCUACGUAAAUGCCAAAACUAUGAACUGUUAAAAAGAAUCAACACACUCAUAAUGCAAACUGUUACACUUUAGGGUUAAAAGAACAUGGCUUACGUUCGCCCAUGGUACAGCAAACACUGAUGUCUUUAGUAGGUGCUUUAUAGAUUACUGCAAUACAAAACCCACAAUAUAACUCAUCGUCUCUGGGAGGCCUGUGUUUGUGACUUCAAAUGCACAGUGUGUUUUUGACAUCGGCAUGUGCAGUUAGAUUCUUCGUUUACCUGCUAUAGACGAGUGCAAAUAGUGUUAAUUUACUGCUUGACCAUGAAAACACAUUGUGGUUGCUGUAAAUAGUUUGCUAUUUAGGAUAGAAAGAGCAUAAACUGAUUUUUUUUUAAAUCUACAAUCAUACCUUUCCCCGCUUUUUGUCAUUAUUGCCCAAACCUCUAUUUCUGGGUAAUAUUGAACUCUUGUUUUUUUUUCUUCUCUCAUUUAUCAUAUGUAAAAUAAAAAAGAAACACAAUACAUUUUGUUUGUUUACUAAGUGGAGUUGCAUGCAGACUUUUUGCGUGUAGAAUAGUAUUUAUUGUGCAUUCUAACUUAGAUUCCCAAACAGAGACAUCAACAAAAUUCCAUUACAAUUGUAUAUGCCAGUUCUUUCAACUGCUUAAGAUGCAUUUUAUCUUUGUUUUGUUUUGUUUUUUUAUGAUUAUAUUUCCUGACAUGAAAUAUAAACCUUAUUUCUUGGUUCUGUUUCAAUGGUUUCCUUCCUUCACUACAAGCUAUGAACAACCAUCGACCUUGUGCCUAAGAAAACUGUAACCUGUAAAUUACUACCAGCAUGUGGCCCUGACGUGUUAUAUUGAAGUGCUUUAACCCAAUUACUCAUUUUCUCCAGACCCCACACAGUUUCAAACCCAGGACCUUCUUGGUGUGAGGUGAUUGUGCUAACCUCUCCCCUAAUGUGCCGUCCAGCCUUAUCCCAAACGAGUGGGAAAAAAAACAGUUAUUCCACAAUUCUGUCCAAGUUUUUCUUGAACCUUUGACACAACAGCUACUCAAAUUUCCCUGCUCAGACUGAAAAAGUCACCUGGAUUUUGGACUUUAUCAGAAAGGCCACGCAAUAUGGAUGGGCAGCAAGAGGUUACACCAUCAAACUGAGCGUAGGGGUCCCUCAAGGAUGUGUACUCAGUCCCUUUGCUCUUCACUCUGUUCACAUGUGACUGCAUUGCCUAAUUUCUCACAAAACCAAAAAAUGUGGCCUAGAAUCAUAGAAAUAGAUCAGCUAGAAAAUACAAUGGCAUGUGUGAGUAAUGUGUAUUACAGUAACUCGGCUGUAUUUUGCUCAUGUAAUGCUUUGGUUUCAGCCAAACUGCUGUAAAAAUAUUUCACCAAUAAACAUUUUACAUGUC